CGCGAACGGUUUCGCGAGUUACGAACCUUUCCUCGAUGGCUCCAUGUUCGAUCACGUUUCAUAAAUGAACCGCAAAAGAUUAGUGGUGCGUAAUAAAAGAUAAGAGGAAUCUUCUUAAUUUAAUGUACGAUUUCGAUCCAACAACCAUCAGCUGGCCGGACAAGGAAGGAUAAAGGAAUUUUUUUGCUGGCUUUCGGUAUGGUGCACUACGGAUGCACGAAAACCGACAGCGGUGGAAUCGAAUGCUUCGUUGAAGGAAUCUACGGUGACCGGCUCGCAAAUGGCGGAAGAGAAGAAAGUCGGCGCUAUGACGAGAUUCAUCGAGGUUCUUGCAACCAUAGGAUCCUUUUUGCUGGUGCUCGUUACCCUUCCCUUCUCCCUCUGCUUCACGUUCAAGGUUGUGCAAGAGUACGAAAGGGCUGUCGUGUUUAGAAUGGGUCGCUUAAAGGGAGCAGCUUACGGUCCAGGAACGUUCUUCGUGAUGCCCUGCGUGGACAAUUGUGUCCGGGUCGAUCUGAGAACGGUGUCUUUCGACGUACCACCACAGGAAGUACUCACCAAAGAUUCCGUGACGGUGAGCGUCGACGCAGUCGUCUAUUACCGCAUAAAGGAGCCACUAAAUGCUGUCAUUAAGAUAGCUAAUUACAGUCAUUCGACUCGACUGUUGGCCGCCAGUACUCUAAGAACGGUCCUUGGAACGAGAAACUUGGCCGAGAUCCUAUCCGAACGCGAAACGAUUUCGCACACGAUGCAGACGUCUCUCGACGAGGCCACGGAUCCAUGGGGUGUCAAGGUUGAACGCGUGGAGAUAAAGGACGUUCGACUACCGGUGCAGCUGCAACGAGCCAUGGCCACGGAGGCAGAAGCCGCAAGGGAGGCCCGGGCUAAAGUGAUUGCGGCGGAAGGAGAGAUGUUGGCUUCCCGGGCUUUGAAAGAGGCUAGCGAUGUCAUUUCCAUGAGUCCAGCUGCCCUUCAGCUGCGAUAUUUGCAAACGCUGAGCAACAUAUCCGCAGAGAAGAAUUCCACCAUCAUUUUCCCACUACCCGUCGAAUUUCUGUCUUCCUUUCUCACCGGAGGCUUUCAAUCGAAGAGGAACCUGGACACUAUUGAAGUAUCCUCGGAGCAGCUCGUUUCGAAACAGUUGAAAAUUCAGCCUGACGUUCACUCGAAAUAGAAAUAGCAAUAGAAAGAUUACGGACUUCAAACGAUGAAUGUUGAUUGAGAGGGAAGGUAGUUAAUUGGAAAUGAUCGAACUGCUUUUCCUCGGCAGAGCGAACGAACGGGGGACGGAUAGAAAGUAUAAAUUUCAAUUUUUAUUAGAUUCAGCCGGAGGCGUACCGUUUUUCCUUCCGUUUUUAACAGAAAUAUCUAGCGCGUAAUGUAUGUAGAAUGUUUUAUAAACAACGGUGGAGCUUUAA